AUGAUUAAAUUUUGUUUUUCAACGCUAAUCUUAAUUAUCUAUAUCUAUUUAGAUUAUAAUUAUGGAAAUUAAUCAUUUGAAAUAAGUAAUCACUUCACUAUAUUUCUAUAAGAAUAAUAUGAAUUUGGAAACCUUAAAGGAUUUAUUGGUAUUUAUUAUUGCAAAUAAAAGAAUUAAUAUUUUAUGUAUUUUCUACUUUAGGAGAUAGGAAUAUAAUGUAUUAUAUUUUAAUCUUCUUAUGGUUAAAAUAGGCAAAUAAAUUGUAAACUUUAUCGUUAAUUAUAAUGUAUUCUAUUUCGUCAUUCUUUGGUGAUUUUAUGAAAAUGAUACUAAAGUAACCAAGACCUUUUUAUAUUGAUAAUCAAAUUUAAUUAGAUUUUUGUCAAUAUGGUUUUGGAGGUCCUAGUGGACAUGCAUGUAGAGCUUUAGUAUUUUAUGUAAUUUUAUUUAAAAUGUUGUAAACACAAUAUAGUGACCAAUAAUAAGACUUUCAUUAAGUUCAAUCAGAAGAAUUAUAUUUAAUGAUUUAGUCUGAGUAACAAUAAACUAAUGAAAUUAGUUUGAAGAAUCAAAUAAUAAGAAGCAUAAUUUUAAUAUUAUUUAUUUUAUUUACAGGAAUUGCAAGAGUUUAUUUUGGAGUUCAUUUUUUGAAUUAAGUUAUUUUAGGAUGGAUUAUGGGAUUAUACUUAUUAUUUAUUUUCUAUAAUUGUGGAAUGUAAAAUAAAAUAAAAUAACUAUUGAUUUAAGCAAUAUAGAAAGAACGUGUUAAGAUUUAUUAAAUAAUUUUGAUAAUAUAUUUGAUUAUAAUUAUUACAGCAUCAUUUAUAAUAUAUUAAGGCUGUAUUAAUUCAUAGAUUUUAAAUUAACUUAAAUAAAAUUGGAAAGAUAUGGCUGAUUUUUAAUAAAAGUGUAACGGAAAUGAUAGGAUUUAUAAUACUUCUUUUGAAAAACAUGAUAUAAUUGGAAUAUCUAUAAUUACUUUUCCAUAUUUUAUAUUUAUAAGUUUACUUUAUAAAAAAGGAAUUUAUGAACCUCAACUUUAUAGUUAUAAAUUCUUUACUAAAAAAGGAAUAAUAAGAACAAUAAUAUUAAUAAUAGGGUUGAUAUUACCAUAUUAUUUUAGAAAAUAAACAAAAUAAUAUUUACUUUAAUUAGAUAGUAAUAUUGUAGUUUAGUUUUUUUUUAUUGGUUUACUUUACUUUUUUGAAUUGACCCUUCUUCUUAUAUACUUGAUUCCUUUAAUUAAUAAAUUACUAAAAGUAGAUAAUCCUGGAGAUUUAUUAAAUUAUUAACCAAAAAUAGAAGAAUAAUAUGAAGUUGAAUUAUGA